CUGUGAAACACUGGGCUCUUCUCUGCAGAUGUGGAGCCAACAGUCAGUCCUGAAGACCCUUGUUGGGGAUCCUCCCACACAUCUGAUUCCUUGGGCUGCUGGCUUUGUGGGACAGAACUGUGGGGGAGCUCAUCCGCCGGAAGAUUUGGGGAGCUGAGGAGCUGUAGUGCAGCCAAGAACCGCCUCUGUGCAGAAAAACAACCACUCUGCUUUUCAUUCUGCUGCCCAAGACAACCACAUCCUCCUCACAAACCCCACAGGCUCCCAUGGAGAGCUCAGAUGCAGAACUGGACCUCCAGAGGAGCGUGCAAGCUGUGCUCCGGGAGCUUAGUGCCCAGGCCCCAGCCCUGCAGAGCAACCAGGGCAUGUGGAGAUGGUCCCUGCACAAGAAGGUAGAGCGGGACCCUGGGAGGAACCCGGUGCUGGUCCGCAUUCUGCUCAGAGAGCUGGAGAAGGCAGAGAGCGAGGACCUCCGGUACAUCAUCAUUCCCCUGCUGCACACCCUGAUGUACGUGCUCACUAAGGCCACAGGCAUCACGGAAGAGCUCUACCGUAGAACCUAUGCCUUCUGCACCAGGUUACUGACCCUGCCCACCCCCUACUGCACAGUCGCUUUGGACUACGCCAUAAGGCUGAAAACGGAGAUAGCGGUCCCAGGGACGCUGUACCAGAGGACGGUCCUUGCUGAACAGAACCUGAUGAGUGAAGUGUAUCCCUACCAGGAGAGAGUGUUCCUCUUCGUGGAUCCCGAGCUGGUGUCUGCCUCCGUGUGCAGUGCCCUGCUGCUGGAGAUCGAGGUAGCCCAGGGGCAGCAGACACCUGAGGCCUGCAUGCGCAACGUGGUCUCCCACGCCCUGCAGGCAGCUCUGGGGGAGGCCUGCCACGCGGGCGCUCUGCACAGGAAGCUGCAGGCCACCUCUCGCUGCGUCCUGGAGCACUACUUCCACGCUGUGGUGGCUGCUGUGGAGCAGAUGGCAGGCGAGGCCAGCCCUAGCCGCGCCAGACACCUGGAGAGGCUGAAGGAGAUUUACGGCUCGCUGCUGGGUCCGGCGGCGGCCGCGAGGGGGCGCUGCAGCAGUGACCCUCCCCAGGACCGGCCACCAAGCAUCCCCCUGCCCAGCCCCUACAUCACCUUCCACCUGUGGACUGACCAGGAGCAGCUCUGGAAGGAGCUGGUGCUCUUUCUGCACCCGAAAUCCCAGCUGCGCCUCAGUGCUGACUUGGAAGCCUUGGACCUGCAGGGCUUUGGGCCAGACGGGGACUUUGCCCGUGUGUCCAUGCUGUUCACAGACAGUGGUAUCAAGCGGGACUUUCCUUUGGGGGCCAACGAACUCCCUACCCCCAGCAGUCCUGAGAUGGAGCGAGCCGGGCUGCAGCGCAGAGGGGGAAUCAAGAAGCAUGUGUGGCCCCCAGAUUUCUCCAUGCCCGGCAGCUGGGAUGGGCCCCCAGGGCUGCACCGGAGGACGGGCAGGCCCAGCGGGGAUGGGGAGCUGUUGCCUGGGGUGUCCCGGGUGCACACAGCCCGGGUGCUGGUGCUAGGGGAUGACAGGAUGUUGGGACGCCUGGCCCAGGCCUACCACAGACUCAGGAAACGGGAGACACAGAAGUUCUGCCUCACCCCCAGACUCAGCUUGCAACUCUACUACAUCCCAGUGCUGACACCCCAGGAGCCUGCAGCAUCCAGGCCUCCUGAGCUGGGAGAGCUGGCCACCUUCUUGGGCCGCGCAGAUCCUUGGUACGAGAGCACUGUCAACACCCUGUGUUCCUCCAUCCACAAACUGGCUGAGAUGCCACUCUGUCUGGACACAACUCAGACUGUGGACCCCUUCAUCCUCGACGUCAUCACCUACUAUGUUCGCAUGGGCACCCAGCCCAUCUAUUUCCAGAUCUACACAGUCAAGAUCUUCAGCGGCCUGAGCCAGGACUCUAUAGAGGACAUUUUCCUUACUGAGCUGAAGGUGAAGAUCCAGGACUCCAAAUUCCCCAAAGAGGGAUCUUCACCAAGAAGGAGAGGGGUCACUGAGAGCCCAGGUGCUGAGCUCUCCAUCUGCUACCAGAAGGCUCUGCCCAGCCACCGGCCCCAAGAGGUCACCAUUUCCCUGAGGGCCACAGGGUUGGUCCUGAAGGCCAUUCCAGACAGUGACACUGAAGGAUCCCCCCGUUUCCCCCCAGCUGCUGCUCCUGUGAUGGCUCACACGUGUCUGAAUGUCAGCGUGACCAAGCUUGAGAAGUCCUCCAACCUGGCAGGAAGGUCCUUCUCUGCAGUGACACACACCUUCCGGACCUCCAGCAUCCGGAUCCAGAGCCAAGACCAGAGGCUGCUGAUGCUACUGCUGGACAAGGACAAUCGGCGCACUUUCAGGGAUGUGGUCAGAUUCGAAGUGGGUCCCUGCCCAGAGCCGUGUUCCAGGACCCAGAAGUCCAAGACAGCAUUGCUCAAUUCCCACGGAACGAAGGAGAUGGAAACAACCCAAGCCACAUCCAAACCCCUUCUCAUGCCCAUCAACACAUUCUCCGGCAUCAUCCAGUGAGCCCGCCUGCAUAGCAGAAGAGCUGGGUCCAAGGGCAGAGGGCCCAAGAGGAAGGAACUACUAUCCCUACGAAAUCCCUGGCACUCACACUGACAGCCAGAACAAGCCCAGCUCCACUGGGCAGCUCUGGAUUUGAUUAGGAGCCAGUGAGUGCCUGCGAGCCCAGGGAACCUGGCUGUGCAGGUGUGUGAGGGAGAAGGACCCACACCAAGGCCAGAGGAUCACUCAGGCAAAGCAGUGACUGCAUGAGAGCACCCACACAGCUCAGCUCCUCCCAAGAAUGCCCACUCUUAGGUGUAUCUUAACUCCCUCUUCUCCUACUGUCUUGGCCCACUCAAACUUCCCUCCCAGCCUUAAAGCCAAGGUCAGAGCUGCUGUGCAGCCAGAGCCCUGUAGAUGAGGGGAAAGUCAGAAGUAGAUAAAGACCACUGGACCUGCUCCCUCCCACCCCCAGCCAGGGACUCUCCCAGUGGAGAGGAGAAUGUCAGUCAAUAAAUGCACACUAAUGUGUUUCUGUUCUCAUCUAACACUGGAUAACAUUGGUAUUUUGAUAGAAAACAGGUCACAGUUCUUAAUAUAACCCAGAGUGAUUUUGUGAAGUAUUAACUGCUGUGUUGUCUCUGCCUGCACCUUCCUCUCUACAUUCAUCCCUAACUCAAGGAUUCUCCUGACCAGCACUGUACCAAAAUAGGUGGGAAUGCAAGGUAGUUUCGAGGAGCCAAAAAUUAAAGGUAUCAAAAUUCUUCGCACCUGAACUUAAGAACUUGCAUCCAGGUGUAAAAUAGGAGAGAUUAAUAACUCAGCUCCAGUAUUUUCCCACUUUGAGCCCAGCUCUAGGACUAGUAUGGGGUGGGGGAGAAAGAACACAAAUACUUGGGUUAAGGCCUAUCCCUGUCACCUGGACAGAGUCCCCUCGGGUGAUGGCAGUGGAGGCAGAGGUGGUGGAAGAAUUCCUUUGAAGUUUGGGGGUCCAACAGUAAAGAGGUGGGCCCUUCACUCUUGGCCUCAUUGCCCCAGGAGAAAGGGCAAGUCUCAUAUUCUUAAUGCCAUGAAGAGUGUAAGAAGCAUUGCCCAGGGCACUUGGAUAGCUGGACUCAAGGGUAGCCCUAAAGAAAGUCAAGCAGCAAAGGUUUUACGAGAUAGCCAGAAGCAGGCAAGCCCAGGAGGUCUCAGAUGAUAAAGGGUGCAGCUGUGGGCAGCAGUGUGGAACAUGGCAUCUGCAGUCCACAUGUGGACCUGGGCACCUGAUAAAAAGCAGCACGGCAAAGUGCCUGCCUUCUGGUACAGUUGAGCCCAGGGCAAGUUAAGAGCAAGAUGUGGAUGGAUGUUAUAUCCUCCACUGCAGCGUCCUGAUGCAGGACCUGGGGAGGAGAGUGACUAGACACAGGCCUCAUUGUGACUGAGGUGGGUCAAAACUUGAAAGGACAGUAUCACUGAAAUAGAGUAUCACUGUAUUUGAGUGAAUUUGCCUGGAAAUGGCUAGCUUUUAUUUCUUCUACAUUGGGUGAUAUAAACUGAUUCAUAUCAAUUUGAGCAUUAAUAACCAUUAAGUUUUAAAGUAAAUAUUUGCAGAGUUUGCCAGGUUUUAAGGUUAGGUGAGGGCUCUGGGGCUCCUCCACAACUACCUCUCUACCAGCUUACAAUGAAAGCAAGUCUUACACCAAAAUCCUAUACACAUACAGAUAGACAUGUUAGCAAGCUGCCCCUCUUCACCCCACCCGAAUUAGGUGCUCCAAGCAAACCUUGCAUGAGUUUACUGAAUCUGUGCCUAGACACUAGACCAUUUUGGAGCAAAGCCUAAAAGUC